AUGAACCCGUUAUUCGGCCCCAACCUCUUCCUCCUGCAGCAAGAGCAGCAGGGCCUGGCUGAGCCGGAGCCGCUUCCACCCGCGCCCCUGGGGGACUUUUUCGGCGGAGAGCUGGGCCCCGCUUCAGCAGUGUCCCCUUUCCCGGCCCCCCCUGCUGCCAUGGCCCUCCGCAAUGACCUGGGCUCCAACAUCAACGUGCUGAAGACCCUGAACCUGCGGUUCCGCUGCUUCCUGGCCAAGGUGCACGAGCUGGAGCGCAGGAACCGGCAGCUGGAAAAACAGCUGCAGCAGGCGCUGGAGGAGGGGGGCAGCCGUCAGCGGGCUGUCCAGCGCCGGGAUCAGGCUGUGCAGACCAGCUUCAUCAGCCCCAUUCGCCCACUGGGGCUUGCCCUGGGCAGCCCCCGGCCAGCUGGGCUCUGUGCCCCCUCUAGGGUUUUGGGCUCUCCUAGCUGCCACCUUGGGGUACCAUUCACGCCUUCUUCCCAGCCUCCUCCCUUGUCUGGCAGCCCCUUUUCAUCCUCAUCUCGCUUCAUGCCAGGCACCAUCUGGUCCUUCUCGCAGGCCCGUCGGCUGGGCCCAGGACCUGAGACCACCCUGGUUCAGGGGCCAGGGGUCUCGUGGGUUCAUCCUGAUGGGGUUGGCGUGCAGAUCGACACCAUCACCCCUGAGAUCCGGGCCCUCUACAAUGUGUUGGCCAAGGUGAAGAGGGAGCGCGACGAGUACAAACGCAGGUGGGAAGAGGAGUAUACUGUGCGUGUCCAGCUGCAGGACCAAGUGACCGAGCUGCAUGAGGAGGCCCAGGAGGCUGAAGCGUGCCAGGAGGAACUGGCCCUGAAGGUGGAGCAGCUCAAGGCAGAGUUGGUUGUCUUCAAGGGUCUGAUGAGCAAUAACCUCACAGAGCUGGAUACCAAGAUCCAAGAGAAGGCCAUGAAAGUGGACAUGGAUAUCUGCCGGCGCAUUGACAUCACAGCCAAGCUGUGUGACGUGGCACAGCAGCGUAACUGUGAGGACAUGAUCAAAAUGUUUCAGAAGCAGCUGUCUCUGCACUUGUCUCCCAUUAAGGUCCCAGCCACGGCGGGGCGGAAGCGGGAGCGGAAGCUGAUCAGUGACGAGGACGCUUCACUGUCUGAGAACGAUGCCUCCAAGAAGCCUGAAGAGGAGGAAGAUGAAGAGACCACAGCCAUGAGCAUCAAUGAGGAGAUGCAGAGGAUGCUGAACCAGCUGAGGGAGUAUGAUUUUGAGGAUGACUGUGACAGUCUCACAUGGGAGGAGACAGAGGAAACGCUGCUGCUCUGGGAGGAUUUCUCCGGAUAUGCUAUUGCAGCUGCAGAGGUGCAGGGGGAGCAGCAGGAUGACUGUCUGGAGAAGGUGAUUAAGGACACGGAGUCGCUCUUCAAGAGCCGCGAGAAGGAAUAUCAGGAAACCAUCGACCAAAUAGAGCUGGAGCUUGCAACAGCAAAGAAUGACAUGAAUCGGCACCUGCAUGAAUACAUGGAAAUGUGCAGCAUGAAGCGUGGGCUGGAUGUGCAGAUGGAGACCUGCCGCCGGCUCAUCACCCAGUCUGGAGACAGAAAGUCUCCUGCUUUCACACCACUCUCUAACAGUGAACCGGCCCUGAAUGAGGAUACCGAGGAGUCCAAUCACGACCUCCCAACGGAUGCCUCUAUCAGAUAAUUUGAGAGGCCCUGCCCACUCCUGGCAAGGCAGAGAGCAGGGGUGUCUGAACUGUGGCUGGGAGAGACUG